AUGGUCCGCCUCUCGGAGUACAUGGUUAUCGGUCGGCGUCUGCCUACGGAGAAGGAGGAGACUCCUGCUCUGUACCGCAUGCGCAUCUUCGCUGCCAACGAGACCGUCGCCAAGUCGCGUUUCUGGUACUUUGCGCGUCAGCUGCGUAAGAUGAAGAAGGCCACUGGUGAGAUUGUUACCGUGAACAAGAUUGAGGAGAAGAAGCCCAUGAAGGUCAAGAACUUCGCCAUCUGGCUCCGUUACAACUCGCGCUCGGGUACCCACAACAUGUACAAGGAGUACCGUGGCCUGAGCCGCGCCGAGGCCGUCGAGUCCAUGUACCAGGACAUGGCUGCCCGCCACCGUGCCCGCUUUGGCAGCAUCCACAUCCUCAAGGUUGCUGAGAUUGAGAAGACCGAGGACAUCCGCCGUCCUUACAUCAAGCAGCUCACCGCCAAGAACCUGCGCUUCCCUCUGCCCCACCGCCGCUCUCGCGCUGCGGGCAUCUACGCUGGCAAGCGCCCUUCGACGUUCUACUAA